AUGGAUACAGAUAACACAAUUUCAAGUAAGUAUGAAGUUGACCUUCAAGCAAGUCAAAGUCAAAGCUGUGCUGAAGAAAGAGAAAAAAGGAAGUAUGUUCUUCAACAAAAGAGAAACUACAGAGGUUGUCACCCUGCAUCAACAUCUGAUUCUGUUGAAAGGAUUCCAUUUUCAAAUACUUCAAGUGUUUCAACCACCAAUGUUGAAAGAAGGAAUGUGUAUCAUCUUCCUGCUUAUGCUACUCCAAAUAUUAGUACUAAUUUGUUUCACUCAUCUACACAAGUAAAAGAUAAGACAAUUUCAACUUCAACCAACAAUGUCGAAAGAAGGAAUGUGUUUCACCUUCCUACUUAUGUUAUUCUAGAUAUUAGUAGUAAUGUGUGUCACUCAUCUACAAAUGAAAAAGAUUCAUCAAGAAAAAUCUCAUCAAGGAAUGUCCAUCACACUCCUUUUGGAAGUACUAAGCAAAUAUCCAAUUUUGUUGAGAGGACUCCGUUAUCAGAUAUUACAAAUUGUGGAAUAUCUAAAAUUGAAUUACAAACGACUGAUGAGAUGUUACCAGAUUCUGUGGUUAAGAAGAUUCAUGGAAUUUUUAAAGAUUAUAUUGAUCAUGGAGAUGCCAUCUUUGUGUGUUCUAAAUGUGAUGCAAUGUUAUGGGAAGAUGAAAUGCUUAGGGGAAAUAAAAAAUAUGUAAGCUUGAAGCUUAUUGGAACAAGAGAUAAGGAUGGAAGAGUUCACAAUUUGCCAACAACAUCAGAAAUUGUUGCGUUAACAAAUGGUGAUUUUGAUGGAGCAUUUGAUAAACGGGACAUUGUUGUUAGAAAGCAGUCUGGUGGUCUUCAAAGAAUUAGUGAGCUUCAUCCCUCUUACCUUGCUUUGCAAUAUCCACUUAUUUUCCCAUAUGCAGAAGAUGGUUAUAGAGUUGGUAUUAAACAUAGAGGGAUUGCGAUUGAUAAUGAGCAGUUUUUGGUUGAUGGAUACACGAUGAUAGAAUCUGCCAGGUUGAAUUAUAUAAGGACACAACAACCUAAACUUAGAGCGCAAAGUCAUAAGAACUUGAAUGCUACUGUUGAAAGUGGAGAGAAUAAUGCCUCAAGUUGUGGUAAACCUAUACUUUUACCUUCAUCAUUUACUGGUAGUUCUAGAUAUAUGAUACAAAAGUACUUGGAUGCCAUGGCAAUUUGCAAGUCUGUUGGAUAUCCUGAUUUAUUCAUAACGGUGACUUGUAAUCCAAACUGGUCUGAAAUUUACAGGUGUUUGCAUGAUAAAGCUCUUAAUGCUGAAGACAGACCGAAUAUUAUCUCUAGAUUAUUCAAGUGUAAAUUGGAUCAUCUUAUAAAAGAUUUCAAGAAACAUAAAUUCUUCGGUGAUAUCCAAGCAGGCCACUGUUCCAAAAUUUCAGUUAUGUAUACAGUGGAAUUUCAGAAACGUGGACUCCCACAUGCUCACAUAUGUUCUAUCAAAUAUUUGAUAAAAUAUAUUAAUAAGGGGCCUGAUAGAGUCACUGCUUCUGUUUUUCAAGCCAAUAGCACCAAGAAUGAUACGGAACAGAAUGUAGCUGUAGAUGAGAUAAAAGCAUACCUUGAUUGUAGAUAUAUCUCUGCUUGUGAAGCUGCUUGGAGAAUAUUCAUGUAUGAUAUACAUUACAAAUAUCCAGCUGUUGAAGUAUUACCUUUUCAUUGUGAAGAUGGUCAGAGUAUUGUGUAUAACGAUCAUGAUUAUUUGUGUGAUAUUUUUACUGAUCCAACUGUGAAAAUGACAAUGUUUAUAGAGUGGAUGAAUUGUAAUAAAGUCGAUGAAUUUGCCAGGACAUUGAGGUAUGUUCAGUUUCCGGGAUAUUAUGUAUGGAAUACUAAAAAUCGCAAAUGGAAACGAAGAAAGCAUCCGUAUGGAUCAAUUGGGAGGAUACAUUAUGUCCCACCAUCACCUGUUGAUUGUUAUUACCUAAGGAUUUUACUGAAUCAUAUUAAGGGACCAACCUGUUUUGAAGAUAUAAAAACAGUUCAUGGGCAGGUUUUUCAAACAUUUAAAGAUGCAUGUUUUGCACGGGGGCUGUUAGAUGAUGAUAAAGAAUAUGUUAUUGCUGUCAAAGAAGCUAGCAUAUGGUCAACUGGAGAUUUCUUGAGGACCUUUUUUGUAAUGUUGUUGCUGUCAAAUUCGAUAUCUCGUCCUGGUGUUUUUUGGUCGGAAACGAAGUCCCUGUUAUGUGAAGACAUUCUGUAUCAGCAACGAAAGAUAACUGGUAUUGCAGAUUUGGAUCUUCAACAAGAAGAACUUGAAAAUAUCUGUCUAUCAGAAAUUGAAAAGUUGCUACUUACCAAUGGAAGUACAGUGAGAAAUUUUGAUAAUAUGCCAAGUGUUCUGGACAAUUAUGUUUCAUCGUCGAACAAUCGAUUGAUAAUGAAAGAAUUAUCGUAUGACAGACUAGCUCUUCAAAGGGAACAUGAUGGUUAUGUAAAGUGUUUAACUGCCGAACAGGAAAGGAUAUAUAAAAUUGUUAUGGAAGCGAUUGAAAAAUGUGAUGGAGGUGUGUUUUUUGUAUAUGGUUAUGGUGGAACUGGAAAGACGUUUCUUUGGAAGACAUUCUCAGCUGCAUUACGAUCAAAAGGUGAGGUUGUAUUGAAUGUUGCAUCCAGUGGAAUUGCUUCACUUUUGCUGGAUGGUGGUAGAACUGCUCAUUCAAGGUUUGUAAUUCCAAUCAACAUUAAUGAGAAUUCAAUAUGUUCGAUAGAGCCUAAUACUGAGUUAGGUGAUUUAAUUAAAAGAGCAACAUUGAUUAUUUGGGAUGAAGCACCUAUGACUCACAAGCAUUGUUUCGAGGCUCUUGAUAGAACAAUGAGAGACAUAUCACGUUCCAGUCAACCGAACAUGCAAUCCAAGCCGUUUAGGGGAAAGGUCAUUCUAUUUGGUGUUAAUUUUAGACAAAUUCUUCCGGUCAUCCCUAAAGGUACCAGAACAAUGAUAGUCAAUGCUUCUUUGAAUUCUUCUUAUAUAUGGUGCCACUGUUAA